AUGUUUGCAUACGAGGAGUUCAAACCCGACGGCGCCGAGAGGCGCGACCCAGAACAGCUCCGGAAAAAGUGGGGUAGGAUUUUCCAUGCGACCAAGCGGUUCACGUCCAUAUACGAGAACAACCUUCGCCACGCUGAGAGUGGCCGCAGCGCAGCAGAUGUUAAGAACCUGUCUGAGGGCCAAUACCACACGGAGGGCUGGUCGAUCGUGGCGAACGAGGUGGGAACAGCUCCUGGGCUAAAGCGCACAAGGCACAACCUUGCCAGCGACUACAGCAGUGGAAACGGAUCCCAAGAGUUCGAGCAGUCCGACGAACAAGUCGAAGAGCCAAAACGCCGCAGAGACAGAAUCAACGCUCAACUCUCCGCAAACUCAUCCCUAAAUCGCUCAACUCUCCGCAAACUCAUCCCUAAAUCCGAAAAGAUGGACAAGGCGGCGCCAUUGGGGCACGUGGUGGAUCACGUGAAGGAGCAGCGGCUGAGGGCGAAGGAGGCGAGCAAAAUCAGCAGCGGCGUGCCGUGCGAGAUCGACGAGGUAAUCGUCGAUCAGAUUGAAGACGGAUCGGAGCAGAUCAAGUCGUCGAUCUGUUGCGACGAUCGGCCGGAGCUCUUCGCGGAGAUCGGGAGCGCUCUGAAAGCGCUGGAAGCCACCAUUGUUGAAGCCAACUUCACGAAGCACACACACCAGCACCCUCACAAUCCCUAA